UUCCCCAAACAAUGCUUCUUUUUGACCUUUCCCAAGGAGAAGAGCUACAAAGCAGCCACUGUGCUUAUUGAACUGCCUCCCCUGUAUCGCUUAAUUGAGAAGGUAUACAAAUGCUCUCAGUCCAGCCAGACACCAAGCCGAAAGGUUGUGCUGGCUGCAACCGUAAGAUUAAAGACCGAUAUCUUCUAAAGGCCCUGGACAAAUAUUGGCAUGAAGACUGCUUGAAAUGUGCCUGCUGUGACUGUCGCCUGGGGGAGGUGGGCUCUACCUUGUACACCAAAGCCAACCUUAUCCUUUGUCGCAGAGACUACCUGAGGUUAUUUGGUGUUACAGGAAACUGUGCUGCCUGCAGUAAACUCAUACCUGCUUUUGAGAUGGUGAUGAGAGCAAAGGACAAUGUUUAUCACCUGGACUGUUUUGCAUGUCAACUUUGUAAUCAAAGAUUUUGCGUCGGAGACAAAUUUUUCCUGAAGAACAACAUGAUUCUGUGCCAGACAGACUAUGAGGAAGGUUUAAUGAAAGAAGGUUAUGCACCCCAGGUUCGCUGAUCUGCUGCCACGCCGUUAAGAAUAGAAAGCACUAUGUUCUUUUAUCUUUCCUGCUCAACCUGUAUAUAAGAAAUGGCACAGGAACCUACUGAAUAGCAUAGAUAUAGGGAGACAGAAUGGUUGCGUGAAAUAAAAGGGCGGACUGCAUCUGUAUCUAGUGAAAAUUGCUCCAGUUCAGAGUUGAAUGUUAAUUAAAAAAGGUACUGUACAUACAGCUGGAUUCUUUUUGCUUGCUCUUGGGGUUGUUUUGUUUGUUUGUUUUAGUUUUGUUUUGGG